AACUCAGUCUACUUUCAACGGACAAUGUUCUUGAGAUACUUCUUGGACGAGAACCAACAAAGAGUGUACACUUUGAAGAGAACUGCUCCAUCUGGAGAGCAAACUCUUACCGCUCAUCCAGCUCGCUUUUCGCCGGAAGACAAGAACUCCAAAUAUCGCAUCAUCAUCAAGAAGCGCUUCGGACUCUUGCCAACCCAGAAGGCAAAGACCGUUUGCUAAAAUGCUGGUUUGGGAGUGGCGCCGCAUGUUGCGGCAAAAAAUCCGCUCUUUCACCCCCAAUAAACCUAUCAAUUAUCAACAGGUGUCUCGUCGUCGUAUCAUCGUCUCUUUUGUUCUUUUCUUCGUUGGAUGGAAAGCUUUUGGUUAUACUCUCAACGAUAUGUUCCUUUGGACUGUCGAUGAGCAAACUAUGCAAGGUCGCUUUUUAACUCCACAAGAAGGCAAAGAUCGAAGAGAGGCCCUAGAACGACAACGAGAUCCCAAGUUACGCAUCAAACCCCCAAUUGUUUCGAAAUACGAUCUUGACGACUAGCUUUUAGUCUUUUUUCCACCGUUUUCUCUUAUUCUUUUUGUACUAUUCUUGUUGUUUUCUUCUCAUUGUUGUUGUCUCUCAAAUAAAGUAUGAAAUGUUGAAA